AAUCACUACGUUUUAAUUAGAAUCUUCAGUUCUCCCGAUUGUCUCUCUCGACCUCGGACUUUUGUUCGACAGUCUCGAGUUAUCGGCUGUCCGUACUAUAAAUAACAUUAAUUAAUAAAAUGACUGAAACGUUGUCUAGCGAUUUAGUUCGCAAAGUUACUCAAAAUAUGACUAUGCCGCUUGUGUUUCGAAAUUAUAUAUCAGACUGGCCAUUAUACCGGUGGGACAUGGAAAAAUGGUGUUCAGCUUUUGGGAAUAAAGAAGUACCGUUUAGAUGUUUAAGGAAGCAUCUGGUAUCCGACGAGCCCUGCUGGGAGAGGAAAUGUGAAAUAAAAUCUAUGACCUUUAAGGAAUUCAUCACCCAGGCUCCUACUAGUGAACAUUGGAUGUAUUUCGAUUAUAAACAUUUACCCCAGUGGUUUGACGAACACGCUGAGUUUCUUAAGGAAGUGUCCUGGCAGAAGUUUGGCUACCCUGAUAAGGGAGCUGCAGAUUCAACUCUUUGGGUUGGCAGUAGUGGGGCACACACCCCGGCACACCAGGACACUUAUGGGUACAAUAUUGUAGCCCAACUUUUUGGAAAAAAACGCUGGAUUCUCUUCCCCCCGGAGUCCGGAGGCAUGAAACCCACAAGAGUCCCCUAUGAGGAGUCUAGUGUCUACAGUGAACUGAAUUUUUACUGCCCAAGCAAUAUGGAAGCCUUUAAUGGGUUGAGUAGAGGCCGAACGGUGGAGCUGUGCGCGGGCGACGCAUUAGUGGUGCCGCGCGGCUGGUGGCACUACGUGCAAAACGUCGACAGUGUGAACAUCACGCUCAACAUGUGGCUACCGCACGAGAAAGACAAUUCAACCCGAGUUUCGGAAGCCCUGACCAAGAUAAUGGUCGCCCAAGUGUGUAAAGACCUCCCCCAAGGCACGGCCAAGCUGCUUGUCAACCCUAACGAGGAUGACUUAUCAGAUACCCCCCUAGCAGUGCUGUUUCUCCAACUAGAAUCAGUCACCAAGUCGUACCUGGACAGCCGUCGCAAGCUCCGACGAGUCAAGCGCCAGCGCACCUGCGACGACGAAGCCAACCCUCGAGACAUCGAAACCUUCGACCUACAAGCUGUACUCAAAGACCACAAAAACUUAGAGGUACCACCCACUAUAACCGCUGAGGAACUUAUAGAAUUAUUAAAACAGAAUGUAAGAGAGUUUGCGAAUACGGGAGUUUCUUUUGAUGAGGAUGAGAUAGAUGGCACGAGGAGUCUUUGUUUGACGAAAGCGGUUAUAGAUGCGUUCAGCGAUAAUCAAGUUAUUGAGUUAGUGAAACAGAAUCUCUUUUCUAGAUUGAAGUGAUGACACAGAUUUUUUUCGAUGUUUGAGAGACGUAUCUAUUUUACUCACUAAUAAAAAUAGAUUUAACUAUAACUUAUAGACACUUUCCACGGAAUUGUCUACCGUGUAUGACACACGCGAUUUUAGCUAAGAAUUUAUUUUAGUGACAAAGGGAUCCAUUGAAUUGUUCAAAUAAAGAGUUAUAGAUGCGUUCAGCAAUAAUCAAGUGAUUGAGUUAGUGAAACAGAAUCUAUUUCUAGAUUGAAGUGAUGACACAAAAUUAUUUCGAUGUUUGAGAGACUAUCUAUUUUUUUCACUAAUAAAAAUAGAUUUAACUACUUAUAGACACUUUCCACGGAAUUGUCUACCGUGUAUGCCACACGCGAUUUUAGCUAAGAAUAUAUUUUAGUGACAAAGGGAUCCAUUGAAUUGCUCAAAUAAAUAGCCAUCGGCUUACACUGCAGAAAGAAAAAUUGUACGGAGCAGGAGGCCUACCGCGAAAACCGAAAUUCGCAAAUUGCGGGGAUCUUUCUCUUUUACUCUCAGUGAGACGUAAUUAGAGUGACAGAGAAAAAUUUCCGCAAUUGACGAACUUCGAUUUUCGCGGUUAUAUAUAGCCCAGAACCGUGAGAUGCUCCUGAAGAAGGGUAAUAGAUUAAUAGACUUUUUUGAUUUAAUUAAAAAGUUUGUGAUUAAACUUGGAUUAGGCAUAAUGGCCUAUUAAUGCAAUGGACUAAAAAUCCUGUAUUACAUUAUACUGCUCCUAGAGAGGGAAAAAUUUUGAUUGAAGUAAAAGUAUAUUUAGUAUAAAAAUAUUAUUUGAUUUAAAUUUAAGUAUUAAGCGAACAUUAAAAUGGUCUCACUAAGUUUAAAUAAUAGGACAAUGUGAUUAUUCCACAUUAUUUUAUUUUAGAAUCUUUUAAUGUGAGAACGAGUUUAUUGGUGCUUAGCAUAAUGUUAUGUUGCAAUGGAUAAUGUUUUAUUAAAAAUGGUGCUAUAAGCGCUUACAGGAUAAGAAUAAGAUUCUUAAAAAUUAAGCAUACAAUUUUAUUGUACUUAAAAGACUUUUCAAAGAUUAUAUUAAGUAUUUCAAUA